GCCCUCAAGAUGGCUGUGAACGAGACAGGCGACUGUUUGCUGAUGGUCGGUUUCCUAGAAAAGUAUUAUCUUUCCACCAUGUAUAGCCUUGAGUUCAUUUUAGGCCUCACUGGAAACACCAUUGUUGUAUUUGGCUAUAUUUUCUGCUUGAAAAACUGGAAAAGUGGCAACAUCUACCUGUUUAAUUUAUCGUUAUCAGAUUUAUUAUUUCUGUGUACUCUUCCAGUGCUUGUGAAAAGCUACUCUAGAGAUCAGUGGGCAAAGGAGAGCAUCUUCUGCCAUAGCAACAGAUUCCUGUUGCAUGCAAACCUGUACACCAGCAUCCUUUUCCUUACCUUUAUCAGUAUUGACCGAUACCUGCUCAUGAAACAUCCUUUCAGAGAACAUUUUCUACAGAAGAGAAAAACUGCUGUUAUAGUGUCUGUUGCGAUAUGGAUCUGGGUUGUGUUGGAACUGUUGCCACUGAUGCAUUUCCUUGUGACUAUGGUUGAUUAUGCAAGUUCUGGAGACCCAGCAAAAAGCAUCAUCUAUAGUAUGUUUCUGACUGUCUUUGGGUUCCUUAUCCCUCUCUGUGUCAUGUGCUUCUUCUACGUAAAGAUGGUUAUAUUUCUUAAGAACAGGAGUGAGCAAAACAGUUCUUUCCCGACGCUUGAAAAACCUCUUUCUUUAGUCAUCCUAACGGUGGUUAUCUUCUCGUUACUGUUUACUCCAUAUCACAUAAUGCGCAAUGUCCGACUUGCUUCCCGAAUACCAGCCUUGAAUGUAUCUGUGUGCACACAGAACAUCAUCAAUGUCGUUUAUAUCAUCACAAGACCCAUUGCAUUUUUAAAUAGUGUCAUUAAUCCUGUUUUUUAUUUCUUAAUGGGUGAUCACUUCAGAGAGAUGCUGAUGGCAAAAAUAAGGCAGCUCUUGAACAGAAAAAGAACUAAUAAGGAGAACUCUGACACUGGGAGAUAAUGAGGGGAAAAAGAAACUAGCUUAACAUGGCCUUUUACCAAUGUUCAGAUCCGUUUCUUUAGAUAGCUUCAUUUAGGCUAUAGAUUGUGCAUAGGUUGAUUGUGUUCCUCUGUAUGCGGUUGAUACCUUAUUGUAUAGUAGACCUCCUGCUACCAAUUUCAUUCCAGCAAAGCUAUUCUUGGUUUCAGCAGAAGCAAUAUUAACUGACAGUAGUACAGAAGGACACAGUACUCCUAUAGCAGAAUACACUAUGGUCUAUUAAUUUUGUAAAUAAAAUAUCAUCAUGGUAUUUCUUAGAGGGAAAAUAUGUUGCUCCCAGAUGGUUUCUUUGUGAUCCAUAAGUUGACAGUGGACUAGACUUAGGCUUGGCUAAAAUGGGCAGGGGCGCUGGGUCACAUAUCCAGCAUACUCCUGGGGAUCUCUGCUGAGUCUUCUUUGUAUAAGUGACUCCUUUGCCCUCUGUGCAAACUGUAUAGUUGAGCCAAUUUACAGUUAUGGUUGAUUUGGUGGCUUGGCAUCUACCACAUGGCAAAAAAGAGAGUUAUGCAGACAGUUAAAUGGAAUCUUCUGUCAUAAUUGCCAGAAAGGAGGUAGUAGUUAGGGUGCCGUUUUUAUCUGUAAUGAUAGCAAAGAGAUUAGAAAGCUGUAAAAUUCAGCUGCUGGUUUUAAAGGCAUUUCAUGCAAGCAUUGAGACAGCCAAGGAGAGUGUGUUUGUGUAUACAGACAGGUUGCUUUACGCUUUGAAAAAUGACUGCAAAAAUGCCAGUACUGGUUUGCUUACCUGUCCCAGUGGUUUAUAAAGGCAUUUCUUAGUUAAGAACUAAAUGAAUAGAUUUUCUUAUUUUUACUUUUUCAAGUUGAAUCUGGCUGUAAAAUCAAAGUGUAGCUUUGCUUACUUUCCCAGUUACAUGACUAUACAUGUUCUAUUCUGCCCUUAAUUACAGCUUUUUAGUCAUAUAAUGCAAUUAUUUUAUAUAAUUAAUGUGAUUACCUUAUCUAUAGGUGAGAACAGGAUUUAUAACUGGAAGUGGAGUUUGGACUUCAUGCUUUGAACUUCAUUAACAGUUCCAAUAAUAAAAGAGGAGCUAAACGGGGGCCACUUUUCUCCUAAUAUCCCUGCAAAAUUGUUGCAACUGGUAGUAAUAAAACCAGCAGAAACUUAUUUUUCAAUUAACUGACCUGACUUCAAAUCUAGAGGGUGAAAAGAUCUAUCAAAUGAUAAGGAACAGCUCAUACAGUGUUUACUUUUCAGAGUACAGCCAAUACUGGUUGGACAGAAUUAGAGGGGAAAAGUAAAUGCUUUUAAGCAUUAUGGAAAACUUACUGCAGAGAAAACAGAUACUAAAAAGACUGAUGCAAUCAGAGCGUAGAAAAACUGUGUGAAAUCAAUGGCAAUAAAAAAAGAUGAAUAUCAGAGGAAAAUCAAUACAUGCUUUGUCUGUGUAUCAUGUGAAAAUGCAUUAGGUUACACGUGUAUACGUUGUAUUGACAUAUUUACUUUGUUGGAUCUGCACUGACUAGCGCUGCGUGGUUUGCUUUGUUACCUUUCAUCAUUUCAAUAAGGAGGAGAAGCCCAGAAUGCACAGUAUUUGGGGUGAGAAGGAGAGGUUUUGCUGAGGAUGCCCUAUAUGGCCGUUGAAAGGACUCCUGCUGACAAGUCAUUGUGACUUGGGAAAGACUUGUGAAGGUUAAGAGAGGGCAGGGGCCCGCGGCGCUGGAGCAGGAGGCAGCGUUCCUCCUGCAGCGGGGAAGCCCACCAGGCACCAGAGGAGCCACGGGCAAAGGGGAAAGGCAUUUCAUACUUAUAUGACACUUGCUGCUCUUUGAGAAAUGGAGAAAGGUAUCUCCGGUUAUUGUCUCAUUAGGGUUAAUUUUAUUUUUGAUUGCUGAUGUGUUCUGCUGAAAGACUUGUAAAUGUUUUACUGGUAAUUGAAUAAUAUACUGAGAAUAAACUGCAACCUGUUUGUUUUUUUUUUUUAAAAAAAAAAGCCUCCUUUGUGUUGAGUAUUCUGUUUUAUAUGCAAUUUUCUUUUAAUGUCCAGUAGCACAUUACAUCUGCAUUUUUCCAGUAAAUAGUAAAAUCCUAAAAUCUAUGAGCAAAAGUAACCAUUUGACUAAAUCUGAGGGGAAAAAAGUAGUUGCUUUCUUCUGUGAGUAUCUCAGGCCAGGUGCUUAGCUCAUACCAUUGAGGUUCAGCUAAAAUCUCAGCUUUCGUGAGUAUCAUGCUCCAAAGAAAAGUGGUUCCUACACUGAAAGAAGAUAAAUUCCCGGUGAGCCCAGGUGUUUGAGAUGGAAGCUCUUCUGGUCCCUGGCGGUGCAGCGAGUUUGCUUGUGCUCAUCAGUAUCGUCAGCCUCCCUGUACCAGCGUCUUUGUGAGUAAAGGUCCUUACCUGCGUACUCAAAAGCCGAGGGAGUGAGGUUUUCAGUGUCACGACUAACAGUGCCCUAGUUGUUUACUACCUUGUUUUUUUUACUAUUUGCACUGGAAUACAGAUAUUUAAUGAGUUGUUAACAAACGUUUUGACUGGAAUUGAAUAAUGUGCACAUGCUGGAAAUGUGCAUAAAUCAUUAUUUUCUUCACUUACUUGCUUUGUAACAAUCUUUGUAUGUAACUCUCUGAAUCGCUUUGUCAGUGGUGGAAAAAAGAUCCAUCAUGUAUGCUAUGGCAGCAUGGCCUGGGACAGAUAAGGCUGUGCUUGAAUUUCCAUUAUAAAUAUUUCCUGGUUUUUUAAGGACCAUUGUACAGAAAGCAUUUAAGAGGCAAUUAUUCACUUGAGUAUGAAAUAUGGCAUUAUACAUCCUCAGCCCAGUAACUCUUUCUGGGGAAAACAACAUACAGUAAUAUAUAUUGGGCUGAAACACCUUUUCGUAGACUCACCUUUGACUCUUAUCAC